AACAACAUCUGUUGUCACAUUACAUUCAAUAAGAUGUGUAUGCCUGAAGUGUCUGGGUUUUCGUUGACAUGACUAUUUGACUGAUUGGGCCACACAUUGCAGCAAGAGUGACCAAAAUCAAGACCGUGAACAAUGAAUUUCAGUGCAAUUUAUAUGGCUGUGGCGUUCGCCUUUCUCAUCGGAGAAGCAACAAUGGCGCCAUCUGGGGAGGAAGAUGCUUUACAGGCCAAGACGGGCAAGUCGGCGUUUGCUCUCGACCACUUUUGCACAACAGUUCUUGACAUGGGCUAUUCCAAGGCAGAAGAGACACUGGCGGAUGCAGUGAACGCACUCGGAAAAUACGACGAGACAAACACCGAAGCAGCAAUGGAAACUGUUCUGCAAAUAUUGGCAGCUAGUCACAUUAAAUACUGCAACGAAUUGGAAGCCGCGAAGGAGGGGAACUAGGACAGGCAUGCUCUUCAGUGUAAACCCGAGUAAGAUACCAAGUCAAGUUCUUGAAUUCGUGUUCUUGAAUCUGUAACCUGAAUAAAAAAACAUGCACAUUA